GAGGGAGGAGCUGCGCAGGCGGCUGAAGAAGAACCCGGAUGAGUGACAGGAAAGAGCUGCGCAGACGUGCAACAGAAACACAAACACACAUCAGCCGACAGUCAAGAGCGCGGUAGCCUGUUCAUCCGAAUUUAUCCACCUGCCCUAUCGAUCUCAUCGUUGAGUGGCUGCGAGGCCUGCAGGGGUUCGAGUGGAUCUUCAUGCCCUCUGUCAGCGGGACCUCAUGGACGACGGACAGUGGCAGAGCGACGGCCCAGUGAGGCGGGGAGGAGUAACUGACCCUGACCUCCAAAACGACUCUGACUCUAGCUGCAGCCCGGACGAGAACCAGAACCGACUGGUGGAGGAAGCGGAGGAGGUCGAACAGGGGCCCCGUGGUGGACAGAGGCCCCUCCGACAGGAUAACACUAACAACAGCGGUGAUGACGAAGACUAUGACAUCUCCAAGGUGGAGGACGAAGAAGAUGAGGAGGAGGAAGAGGUGGAUAGCAACAGUGGAGCCUACUCUCCAGAGCUGGAUGGACACAUCCGAGACUCACCAGCACCCAGCCCCAGUCCCACAGUGUCAGAGGGGCUCGUGAGCCCUGAAGGGACGCUUCACGGCGAUGCUGGAUCUCCCCAGGGCUUCGCUCGCUCCCUGGUGGCGUCUCUGCAGGAGCUGGAGGAGCAGGGAGAACACCCUCUUCUGCCACAGUGCCUCCAUCAGAUUGCAGAGUCAUAUAUGCGUGAGGAGGACUAUGAGAGAGCAGUCAGGUUCAUACAGUUAGAGAGACUCUAUCACGAACGUCUGCUGUCCAACCUCACCGCCCUACAGCAGCAGUGGGAGAGGAGAUGGAGUUUGGUUGGCCAGUGUCAGGACGGUCCAGAAGACAGAGACACUGACCUGGAUGCUGAACACCUGGAGAAACUGAGACACAUCUGCAGAACGCACAGACAACCUGCAUGGAGCGUUGAGAAGUGCGAGCUGUCCAAAGUGCAAAGGAACAGUGUGAUCAGAGAAACACAGGAAGGAGAGCAAAACCUCAACACGCAAGAGCGUUCAUGCAGCUCAGGGAAGGUUAUGGAGGAUCAGAGUACAUCUGAGGCACAACAGGAAGUCAUCCAGCAUGAAGACUGUAGCAGCACCGCCCCACAAUCCCACCAGAGCGAACAGCAGCAUGACCCCUCCUCCUCCUUGGCUGUGACGGACAGCUCCUCCUCUCCAGCCUGUGAGGAUGCAGGAGCAGAAGAAGAGAGCGUAAGCAUGGCAGCUUCCCACAGGGAUGCAACACCCGAGCCCCAGUCACCAAUGGACACCGCUCUACCAGGCAACGUGGAGGCCCAGCCGGUGAUGGAGGGAAUGGGAGACACUGUGGAUAUGGGGCAGGAUGUGGUGGAGUCCGUCUCACACACUAAGCAGGAAGAUGGAGGGGAGGUAGAGGAGGCUUUGAAGCUGGAGGAAGGAGGAGCAGAUCAGCUGCCCCUGGAGCAGGAAGCUCCUGAGAUAACAGCAGAGUUGGAUCUAGAGGAGAACGGGGUGGAGUCGCUGGAUAUUAUGAAUGUGUCCAUGCUGGAUGACAUGGCCAAACGCAUACAGGUGGAAGAGAUCACUCCAGCUGCUGGUCUUGUGUCGAUCUUGAAGAGAAGAGUCUCUCUGGAAGGAGCCAACAGCUCUGUCCCUGCCGCCCCUAAACCCGUCUCUAAACGCAAAGUCCGUUUCCGAGAGCCUGACGAGGGCCUGGACCACGAUGAGGUGGGCGGAGACUCCUGGCUGCUCCUCCUCUUAUUGUGCUUGGCUACCGUGGUGAUCAGUGUGGGCGGGACUGCGCUCUACUGCACUUUCGGAGACGCCCAGUCCAGUGUAUGCACAGACUUUUCCCACAACAUGGACUUCUACAUCGGACGGGUGCAGAGGGGCAUGGAUGAGCUCAAACACUGGCUGUCCCCGAGCUCAUAGCAGGACCUUUCUUCAUCUCGGUAGCCUCCGUGAUCUUUAAUGCUGAGAUAUCCUCAUACGUAGGCCUUUGCUGGGUCACGCUGUCACGGAUGAAGCCCAAACGAGGGGACGUCCGGCCCCUGGAAGGCACAGCAAACCACUUUGGCCAGUUUUUGACUCAAGUAGCCCACUGUUUACUGCCAUCAACUGAACCUCAUGUGAAGAGACUUCAUUUUUAGAGUCUUAAAUCGAAAUCUUAAUACUUGGUUGACAGAGUUUUGUCUUUUAUUCAUUGGAAAAGUGAAUGACCGGCAUGGUACUUAAGAUAUAAUAAUAGACAUAAUCAUCUUGAGCCUGGACGUAGCAUUUUCCUGUGA